AUGCCUUCUUCGCCGCCAUCGUGGGUGCAGGCAUUGAAGCCAUCCGGGCCUCAGGGCUCUGAGCUGCUCGCCAAUGAGCGGGCGCAGUCCAAUAUUGCGGUUAACGCGCUGGCCGAGCUGCUGCACACGCGGGAAAAACUAGAACGCCAGGAACAGCUCGUGGCAGUUCUUAGCUCCGACAAGGUCUUUGACAAGUCCCAGAGUCAGAGCCUCGGCCGUGUAGAGCGCAUCCAGCGUGCGCUGGCCAAAGCGAAGCGAAUACGCCAACUCGCCGUCGAGGGUCAGUGGAGUCUGGAGAAAUACCAUGCUGCACACGCCUUACUCGGAGAGCCAACCCCAUACGCCUUGCAUGCGAGCAUGUUCUUGGUCACCCUUCGUGAACAAUGUAACGCCGAACAAAAGAAGCUCUUCCUCGAACCUGCCGAGAAUUACCAGAUCAUCGGAUGCUACGCGCAAACUGAACUCGGCCAUGGGUCGAACGUGCGAGGCCUUGAGACAACCGCGACGUGGAAUCCGGAGGACAAGACGUUCACCCUACACUCACCCAGCCUCACAGCCUCCAAGUGGUGGAUUGGCUCGCUAGGACGAACAGCGAACUAUGCAGUGGUCAUGGCUCAGCUCUUCAUCGGCGGAAAGAAUUACGGCCCUCAUCCAUUUGUUGUCCAAAUACGUGAUCUAGAGACCCAUCAGCCUCUGGAGAACGUCUACGUGGGCGACAUCGGGCCGAAGUUUGGUUACAAUACGAUGGACAAUGGCUUUUUAUUAUUCAACAAACUCAAGAUUCCUCACAUCAGCAUGCUUGCUCGUUUUUCCCAAGUUGAUCCCGAGACCAGCAAGUAUGUGCGUCCCGCACUGCCAACUCUUGUCUACGGCACCAUGACAUGGGUCCGCUCGAAUAUCGUACUUGAUGCUGGCAGCGUUCUAGCUCAUGGUGUCACCAUCGCCACCCGAUACUGUGCUGUUCGCAGACAGUUCCAGGACCGGGAUGCCGACAAGAACGCCGGCGAAACGCAAGUCCUGAAUUACAAGAUGGUACAGGUUCGCCUGCUACCCCUGCUGGCCUCCAUGUAUGCUCUUCACUUCACGGGACGGGGCAUGAUGAAGCUUUACGAGGAAAAUCAAAGCCGUUUAAGCACGUCCAGCCAGUCUGGCCAGGACUCUCGCAGCCCGGGACCGGAGGAACUUCGUGCUGGAGCCGAUUUACUCGCAGAUCUGCACGCGACCUCAUGUGGCUUGAAGGCUUUAGCUAGCACCACUGCGGGAGAGGGACUUGAGAUCUGUCGUCGUGCUUGUGGUGGCCAUGGCUACAGCAGCUACAGUGGCAUUGGACCCCACUACUCGGAUUAUCUGCCUACACUGACCUGGGAGGGUGACAACUACAUGCUGACGCAGCAGGUUGCUCGAUAUCUCCUCAAAGCCGCGCGGGCGGUUCUCGCUGGCAAGGGAACUGGCAACGACACAAGUCAGAUCAUGCAAACCUACCUGGCUCGUAAAGAUAAGGGCGCUUCGUUUGACAUCCUAGGAAUCGACCAAGAUAUAGUCGCAGCGUUUGCGUGGCGCACCGCCCAUCUCACAUUCGAGGCUCUUAAGCACCGCGACGUGGAGAAAAGAUCAUGGAACAGUCUACUUGUAGAUUUCUGGCGUCUAUCCACAGCACAUUCCCAAUACCUGGUAGUGAAGAACUUUUACGAGGCUGUCUCAUCCCCUGAAUUAACAUCGUCGGUCGAUGGGCCGACUGCCGACGUGCUGCGCAAACUCUUCCGCCUGUACUGCUUGUACACACUAGAGCGUGAGGCCACCGAGUUCUUUUCAUCGGGCGCUGUUACUGUACGCCAAAUUACUCUUACACGUACCAAGGCGGUUCUUUCUCUUCUAGACGAGAUCCGACCGCAUGCUGUGAGUCUCGUCGACGCCUGGAAGAUCCCCGACUGGGUGCUCGAUAGCAGCCUUGGCCGGUCUGACGGCCAAGUGUACGAAGAUCUCUUCCGUCGUGCGAGCCAGGAAAACCCUGUGAACGAUCUCAUCUUCGAUCCAUAUCCGUGGAACGAAGCAGUUUUGAAGAAGCCUCUCAGCAAGCUAUAG